GUAACGUCAGCUGGCCGUGUUGUUCUCUCAGUGAAGCACUUGCGUGAAGAGCCUUAUCAGUCCUCCACGCGCGACACCGGAGAUUGAUAAUCGGUGACCAGCGCAGGCCGUCCGCAGUUCGGCAACAGGCUCGACCGUCGACAGUAGUUUGGUCCCGAAUUCCACUCCAGUCAGCGAAGACAUGGCGUCGGGCAGGAUUAACCUUUCGUUCGCUGGGUGCGGAUUCCUGGGCAUCUACCACGUCGGGGUUGCCGCCUGCUUAAAAAAGUACGCACCCCAGCUGCUUUUGAACAAAAUUUCCGGCGCCUCGGCCGGUGCCAUCGCUGGAUGCUGCCUCCUCUGCAACGUUCCUCUGUGUGAAAUCACGAAUGAUGUUUUGAGGGUCGUCUCAGAAGCCAGAUCAAGGACACUCGGACCCUUCAGUCCCACUUUCAACGUCCAGAACAUCCUUUUGGAAGGACUGUGUAAGGUUCUCCCUGACAACGCGCACGAGAUGUGUAGUGGCAAACUUUUCAUUUCGCUUACCAGAGCGCAUGAUGGGAAGAAUGUGAUUGUUUCUGAAUUCAGCAGUAAAGAAGAACUCAUUCAGGCUCUGCUCAGCUCUGCGUUUAUUCCUGUUUUCUCUGGGUGGAUUCCCCCCCGUUUUCAUGGUGUUCGUUACAUAGACGGCUGCUACAGUGACAACCUGCCCAUUCUCGAUGAGAAUACGGUCACUGUCAGCCCCUUCUGUGGCGAGAGCGACAUUUGCCCUCGCGACGACACUUACAAUGUUCUCCAGGUCAACCUAGCAAACACGAGCAUUGAACUCUCACGACAGAAUUUGUUGAGGGCCAUGCGCAUUCUCUUGCCGCCGAGUCCGGAGGUUCUGUCCGAGAUGUGCAAGCAGGGCUUUGACGAUGCGCUCAGGUUCCUCCACAGAAACAACCUCAUUAACUGCACACGCUGCUUGUCUGUUCAAUCGACGUUCAUCAUUUCUGAUACGCUGGACGAGUCGCUCUUAGAUUUUGAUCCUCAGUGCAGCGAGUGCAAACUCCAGAGACAGGAAUCAAUGGUGGCCGACCUUCCCGAUACUGUGAUGACAAUAUUCCAAGAAGCAAUUGAAACCGCCAACAAAGGUCUUGUCAACUGGGUCUUCAAGCACCGAGGGUCUAAAAUUCUCUCAAUUCUGAGCCUUCCUUGCGUCCUUCCAGUCGAAAUCGCUUACCAAACCUUCAACAAUCCCUUGGCAUUUUCCUCGCGUGGGUGGACAAUGAGCUUAAGCACGUCUAACAAUUCUGGGGAUAGAUUCGCAAGGGUUAGCUGCUGGGGAGACCCUGACAUCUUCGUCCGGGGUCACAGCCACAGACACAAAAAGAAGAGGUUCCUCCAAACCGCGCCACUUGUUGGCAAAAACCUCAAACAAUUAAGCCAGUAUAUACUCGACAAUUUGAAUCACAUCAUCAACAGCCUCAACAACAAAACAAAGCAGCUCUCAGCGAAAAUUUCAUGUAACCUUGCCAUCACAGAAUACAGAGGGACCAAAUUUGACGUUGAAGCAGAUAGUGCUGUUCCUACUCCUGUUCAAAACCAGAUGAACUUCAACUUCACAUUAAACUUGGAUGACAAAGAAAUUCUGGUGGACCAGCCAACAGCAGUGAACUUUUCCAACCAAAUACUCGACCAGGCUUCGCGGCGUUCUUCCAGCAUCAGCACGGCUAACAAUCUGCAGAAUGAUCCCAGUGCAAUUGCUGAAGACACUUUUGAGCACAUUCUCCAAGUGACCGCCCACAACGACGCCCUGAUGGCAUUUUACUACCUCGACGAGAACAACAAGGUGAAGGUGACCGAGAUUUUCGACGUCACCGACGCAGACACCGCCGGUCUUCUGGACCCUGAUGAGAGGAACACUAACUUGAACCUUGAAUUUGAUGACCGAGACUGGCUCAACGGCACCUCAUGGGAUGAUGAAUGCGAGGACGAUCAGCUGAGUGCUCUAGGUGAUGAUGAGCUCAACUCGAUUUUGGAAGACAACUCAAACAUCUUUUCGGACCCUGAGAGUGAGUGGCAACCAAAUUCUCCAACUACACAGGCAGAUAAGCGUCCAGAUCUGAGGCCCGAGUCGGACCAGAUCACAGCUGUGUCUCCGUGAUUCAGAGUACUUGUGUGAUAAUACUAUUUAUUUGGAUCCUACUUAUUUUUAAGGCUACGCAUUAGUACUUUAGUGUCAUAACUACCAUGUGAGGAUUAGGAUAUUUGCAAAGUUCCUAUGUACGGAGUAUUUUUACUACUGAGCUGUGUCAAAGACAAUAACUUUGCCUAUUUUCCACACUGCUAUUUUAUUCUUGAUGGCCAAAUGGCUGUAUGAUACAAUUUUUAAGAGAAAUAUGUGCUACCACUCUAAUGUGCUGCCAACAUUUCCAAGUGAAAUAGAGUGUUCACCAGUUGUGCUGGAGUGCAGAGUUGUGUCUCUAUUUUUAGAUUUCUCUCUAUCCUAAAAAGUAUGCAUAUAGGAGAUACAAACUAAAUAGUCCUAUCAGAGGCCAAUAUUAUGUAAUAAAAUAAUGCAAAAGCUCAAAAGUUUAAUUUUAAAAUCAAGAUAAUCAAGUAGAUACGUUUCAAGUUCAGUGUGAGUGGUGCUGAUCGUCAAAGAUGGAGAUCUCAAUGGCUAUUUGUCGAGUAAAUGGCAUUUUACUAAAGCUAUUUUUAAUGUUUAACUCAAUUUAGUUUUUGUUACACAUUAUUGGAUCAAACAGAAGGUAAAUUGUUUUCAUUUCGUUUUUUACAGCAGAAAGCUGCAAUCCUCUAUCAGUUGCAUAUGUUCUUGUAAUUCCUUAAUAUUUUGGUUUAAUAUGUUGAAAACUUUGUCAUUUAAAUUUUCCAAAUUUUUGUAUAAACAGUUUCAAUCAAAGAAUAAAAUGUGAAACCAAUAUAAAAUAU